AGGAGAUCACCUCAGCAGGAAGAAAUAACAGAGAACUUCAUUAGGAUUUGCAAGUCUGGAAAGAAAGAUACAAAUAUCCCCAAAAAGGAGAAGUGAAACCAGAAGUGAAGAUGAACCUGUUCGUCAUUAUUUCCAUCUUUGCAGCAUUCAGCGUUGAUGCGAGUUUUUCACGAAGGUGGUCUCAAAAGAGUUGGUCACCUAAACCUCGUAGCACUAAAAGUGAGAUGUGUCAGUCUGAGGAUGGAAGCACUUACAGGGGAUCGGUUUCUGAGUCGACAUACGGACGCAGGUGUCUUAACUGGAACCGGUUUCACAUCCCCUCAGGAGCUUCAAAGGGACUUGGUGACCACAAUUCCUGCAGGAACCCUGAUCAGAUGCCGAUGCCGUGGUGCCGUGUCCGAAAAGGGAGGAGGAUUGUGAGACAAUUCUGCAACAUUCCCAAAUGUUCCACACCAACAACGAAACCUCCAUCGGCUGUGGAUACAGAGCUGACGUGUGGCGAGAGGUCUGAGCAGAGGAUGCAUAAAAUUGUGGGUGGUUCCUUCACACCCAUAGAGUCGCACCCAUGGGUCGCUGCUCUCUUUCACCAGCACAGAUUCCUCUGUGGUGGCUCUCUCAUCGCACCAUGCUGGGUUCUCACAGCUGCACACUGCUUCUCUGAUGGUGAGUCUAGCAUCAAGCGUCUGUCUGUGUACCUGGGGAAGACUGCAAUCAAUGACACUGAUGCUGACAGAGAGCAGAGCUUCACUGUGGAAAAACUGAUCAUCCACCAAAAAUACAAUGAGUCCAACUAUAACAAUGACAUAGCACUGUUGAAAAUCAAAAGCAGAAAUGGAGGAUGUGCGAUGAGGUCAGCGUCUGCACGGACAGUGUGUCUUCCUCCAUCUCAUACUCAGCUUCCUGCUGGAUUUCAGUGCAGCAUCGCAGGAUUCGGGAGGGAGAGAUUCGCUGCGUGGCAUUACUCGCAGUUACUGAAGCAGGCCGAGGUGAAACUGCUUCCGCAGACUGAGUGUACGAGUCAGUCGUACUACGGAGAUCUCAUCACUAAGAACAUGUUCUGUGCUGGGAGCCCUGACUGGAGCACCGAUGCCUGCAAGGGGGACUCUGGUGGUCCGCUGGUGUGUGAAGCGUCAGGUCGGAUGUUUCUGUUCGGGGUGGUGAGCUGGGGGGAGGGCUGUGCCAGUAGGAACAAACCAGGGGUUUACACACAAGUCACCAACUACAACAAGUGGAUCGCAGCCAAAACAAGACUCUCCAAAUACACCAAAGGAUUCAUGUAUCCCACAAAAUGAAGCUCUGCAGAAAGUUGCCUGUUGGGCAUUUUAUUUCUUAAAGGAAAAUGUGGUAGCAGUUCUGUAGCUGAUGGGCAUUGCUGUUUUGCACAGUGACGAUUUAAUUUAAUGGUUUUUACACGUUUGACAACUUUUAUAGGACCUUUCAGACUAAAAGUAUGACUUUUCUUAAAGCUAUUUGAAAAUAAGUAUAUUUAUCUUAUUUCAUGAAAUAAACAUUUUCUAUUGUAAAAGGCUGGUCCUGCUGUUGUGCACUUGGUUUACAAUAAAUAAAAUAUUUCUAUUACAUAUUCA